AUGGACCCAGUCUACCAGAUCCCCUUCGACACCGACUUGCAUGCACUCCUGUCAUCAUGCUCCGACAUUGCGCCCACGCCGUCGUGGCCCUCUCCAUUGGCGUACUCUAUGCGGGCCUUCUCUGCUGAUGAAAUGAUAUUGUGUGAUGCUGAUCUUGCUGGGCCCGACAUGCUUCUCGAUGGAAUUGACUCCGACCUCAGCUCCAACGGGGAGCAAUGGGCGCCACCCCCUCCGCAGCAGAUCCCGACGAGCGAAAAGCCGAAACGAGGAGGCCGCUCCAAGCGUGGCGUCAACCCUGAUAUGGCGGUCUUGCAGUCCAAGUUCUCCGCCGGCCGGAAGUCAUACCUGGCUUCUCAAUCGCCAGAGGCCUGGGAGCUUCACAGGGCCGAGCUCAAACGGUUGUACAUAGAUGAAGGCAGAACACUGAAGGAUAUCAUGUCCAUAAUGGAAUCCAAGGGUUUCAAGGCCAGAGUUGCCCUAUUGUACAAGACGAGAUUCAAGCAAUGGGACUUUGUCAAGAACAACUCACGAGAGGACGUGGCCAGGAUGCUACAUGUCAAGCGUCAACGUGCUGCCGUCGGAAAACCCACCACCUUCAAGCGGAACGGCAAAGUCGUCAGGAUCGAUGAAUACUUGAAGAAGAACGGCAUGAUCAUCAUCCCCAGGGCCGGUUCCGAGCCCCCGAGGCUCCCCGGUUCCGUGAGAUGUAUUACGCCUCCGCCAAUCUCCCGAUGUCUUCGAACCCCCGGGGCCUUGGUACUGAAGGAACUCAUAUUACAGAGCCUCAAGAACCUGACGCCUUCGUUCUCCCGGCUAUCCCGACCGAUGGACGGUAAACACACGCCCAAGACAGAAAUAUGGGACUCGCCACGAUACAUCAAAAUGGCCUGCGACCUCUUCUCCGAAAACAGGAACGUCCAGGCCGGAUCCAUAUGCCGAUCCGCAUUCACCACUGUCCACGCCCUGGUCUCUCCGCCACGACUGGACACGCUCUUCAACUUCCUCGUCAGCCAGCUGUGGUGGUCGAACCGCGACAUCACGCUCGAGCUCUGGCGCUACCUGGCCGCGUACAUGUCCAACGUGCUCAAGGUCCAGAACGAGGUCACCGAGCUCCUCCGCGAACUGGUUUUGCACAUCGAGACGCAGGGCUACGAGUCGUAUCUCGACUUCAUCGCCGAAUGCAUCGACGAUAUCCUAGUCCUGGGCGCCGAGCGCACACCCUUCUUGCGCGGGAACAAGUUCGUCGGCUGGUGCCAACUCGUCAUUAUGGACUGCUAUUUCCUGAACGGGUCCAACCGGCGUGCCAGCCAGAUCCAGGCCCGCUGCGCCGACGCCUUGCCGCGGAGUACCUUGUUCCCUGAGGACCGCGCCAUGAACGAGAAGCUGUGGCGGGAGACCUUUGCCAGGCACGUGUCCCUGUCCUACAUCAGCGGCAAGGAAUCCCGCCACGACAGGUUCCUGCGGCUGGCCACGGCCAGCUACGCCAAGCUUCUGGGGAGGCUGAACGGCGCCCUGGUCAUGCAUCCCAGUCUGACCCGCGUCGAGGGCGUGGCGGCGAGCCUGUCGCGGAAGAAACUGGACCCUUCGGCCAUCACGCAUUACAAUCGAAGCUACAGCCUGGAGAGCAGGAUCCUGUCCUUCUUGACUCGCGACAUCUCGAAGCCGUCCCAGACCAUCAAUGACUACGGCUCCUACCCGGUCUGA